AUGGAUGUAGUGAAGGCUCACCUAAUACAAUAGUAGAAAAUCAUUUAUAUAUAAAUAUAUAUAUUUUUGUAAAAAAAGCAUUUAUUAAAAGACUGUGAAUGUAUAGUAGAUUAUUUAAGAAUAGAUUUAAAGUAAUAAAAAAUAGGAAUACAUGGAUAAAGUAUAGGAGGAAUGAUCGCUUGUUAUGUAGCUUAUUCAAAAAAACUAGAUUUUUUGAUUGCAGAUAGGACUUUUUCUUAAAUAUCUGAUAUAGGAUAGUACAGAUUAGGAAACAAAUCAAAAUAAUUAUUCAGGUUUUUAACUAAUUGGGAUCUCUAAAUAAAUACUAGCUAUUUAAACUGCUCUUGUUAUAAAGUAAUCAGUUUUGAUAUAAAAGAUGACAUAAUUCCUUAUUAAGCAAGUUUAUAGAAUGGAGUUAGUAAAUAAUACAUAUUUAAUCAUUUAAACAGUUUGGAUUAUUAAUAUUUAAAAUCUAUAAAACAAAGCAAUGGAUUUUAUUCAUAAGUUAAAAAUUAUUUUAUUGCAAAAAAAUUAUAAUAUAAGAAAGCACUUUAAAAUGAAAAAUAACCUUAAAUAGAAAAUCACAUAGAGAAUUUUAUUUCUAUUAAUGAUUAUAAUUCUUUGUUUAAUUCCAUAAGAAGAAUUAUUGAAAUUAUAGUAGAAAUAUCAAAAUAUAGGACAGUUGAACAUAAUACUACUUUUAAUAGUUUUUUAAAUGAUGAAAAUAACAGAUUGAAUAGGUCAAUUUCAGUACCAGAAAGUCGAAAUAAACCUUAAAAAAUAAUUGAUAUUCCCUUAAAUAAUUAAAAUCCACUAAAUGAAAAUAUAAAAUCGGAUAAACAAUUUCAAGAUUUUAUUAUUAAUUGUUUUACUGCUUUUGAUAAAUUCGAUUCAGGGGGCUUAACUAUUGCUUCGAUUUUUACAGCUUUUUAAUAAAAUUAAUAAUAUGAAAUUUUUAAAGUUAUUUUUAUAUAUCAAUAUUUUUAUUUUAUUUUUUAAAAAAGUAAUUUAUUUUGA